UUAACCCUGAUCCCGACGCCGGCAGCACUUUGUGUGGUGUUGCGGCGGUAAGAAUGCCAGGCGGGUCCACCGUGCCCGCCGUGCCGUGCCGGGCGCUCCGGCCGCGAGCCGCCGCGCGCCGGUGGGCGGGGCCGCCGGGGGAGGGGGCGGGGCCUGCAGCAAAGGCUUUCGUCGCCCCGUGUAAUGCCCGUCCAUUCAAAUCUCCUUCUUCAAGAUGGCGUCCAUGAGGGAGAGCGACACAGGUUUGUGGCUUCACAACAAGCUGGGGUCGGCGGACGAGCUCUGGGCGCCUCCCAGCAUCGCCUCGUUGCUCACUAAGGACGUCGUGGACAACAUCCGAGUGUGCUUUCACGGCCUCUCGUCGGCGGUGAAGCUGAAACUGCUGCUGGGGAUCCUGCACCUUCCCAAGCGGACGGUGGACGAGAUGAAAAAUUCUUUGACUGAAAUUGUGCAUCUUGCUGCAAUGGAUUCUGACUCCUGGGUUCAGAUGGUAGCAGAUAUUCUAAAAACGUUUCCUGACACUGGCUCACUCAACCUUGAACUAGAGGAACACAAUCAGAAUUUACAAGAAAUUCUUGGUGAACUCCGAGAAAAAGUUAAUGAAUGUGAAGCCUCUGCUAUGUUGCCUUUGGAGUGCCAGUACUUGAACAAAAAUGCCCUGACAACCCUCGUGGGACCCCUCACGCCACCAGUGAAGCAUUUUCAACUUAAGCGAAAACCCAAAAGUGCCACGCUCAGAGCAGAACUGUUACAAAAGUCAACAGAAACUGCACAGCAGCUCAAAAAGACCUCUGGAGUGCCUUUUCUAGCCAAAGGGAGAGGUUUGGUUAAGAAACUCGAUACCACUACGCCCCUCAAAGGUAUCCCAAAGCAAGCUCCAUUCCGGAGCCCCACUACUCCCAGUGUCUUCAGUCCAUCAACAAACAGAACACCAAUGGCUGUUCGGACACCGGUGCGAAAAGAGAGAGGAGUGAAGUUGCUGGACAUAUCAGAGCUUGAUAUGGUAGGUGCUGGUCGGGAAGCUAAAAGGAGAAGGAAGACACUAGAUACAGAAGUUGCAGAAAAACCUGCCAAAGAAGAAAUGGUUGUUGACAGCGUCACACCAGAUUAUGCUGUUGGUCUGGUCUCCACACAGAAACUUGGUGCUUUGAGUAACGAUAAUGCACUACCAUCUACUAGUUACUUACCUGCUACACCGAGUAUGGUGCCAUCAUCGUCAUACAUUUCCAGCUCUGAAACUCCACAAGCUAACACAGUCGGAUCAGUCCGGGAGGCUCUCCAGACAAAUAGACUAUCGGAAGAGUCCACAGCUCCUACCUCUAGUCUACCUGGCCAGUUUAAACAAAGAACCCCAAUUUAUAACAGCAGCUCAACAACAUCUACCUCAGCUACCACUGCCCCAACUACCGUGCCUGUCACAGUGACAGCUCCAACAACACCUGUACAGCAGCAGACACAGCCUCAACAGCAGACACAACAGCAGCAGCAGGCACAGCAGCCGCAGCAGACACAACCGUUGCAGCCGCAGCAGCAGCCGCGCAAGAGUCUUUCACUCACAAGAGACCAAAUGUAUGCAGCCCAGGAAAUGUUCAAGACUGCAAACAAAGUCACGCGCCCAGAAAAGGCUCUUAUACUUGGGUUUAUGGCAGGUUCAAGAGAAAACCCAUGUCCAGAGCAGGGUGAUAUCAUUCAGAUCAAACUGAGUGAACAUACAGAAGUUCUCCCGAAGGCAGAUGGUACAGGCAGCACCACAAUGUUGGUGGACACUGUCUUUGAAAUGAACUAUGCCACAGGGCAAUGGACCAGACUGAAGAAGUACAAGCCUAUCACAAAUGUGUCCUGAGGAUUCUACAGAACCAAGAACUUGUGGACCAAAUCCAAUGUUGUUACCCUGAUUACCACUGACCUGAGCUUUGAUGAUUGUAUUUUCAGAAGGUUCCAAAACACUUGCAGAAAACACUUACAUUGUGAUGCAGAAUUCACAGCCACCUAAGAGCGAUAUGAGACAAUAGAGAAGUGCUUUACUGCAUUCAGUGUUUUAUAUCCUGUGGUAUAAAUGUCUUUUCUCAAAAAAAAAAGGUCCAAACUUUCAACAACAGCAGCAGCUCCAGCAUGAAACUCCUUGCUUUAUGAAUAGCAUGUGGAACCUUGUGUUACAGCUGAAAGGAGAACCAUGUGGUCCCAACCUUGAGUUGUUUGUCUUGUCAUUUUCGGAAAUUCCAUGGGACAAUCAUUUAGCAGCCUUGAUUUGGUUCACUUUUAGCAGAGGGGUUUGAACUGGAGAGCAUUGGAAAGCCAGGCUUCCUGGUAUCUGGUGCCUUUGCGAACUCUCAUCGUCAGUUUUGUAAAUUAUUUUGUUGUAAAAGCAGCAUGAUUUAACAAUUUUCUAUUUUUUGUACAGUUGUAAAGAUUCUAGGUUUCUUGCUCAUGUGCUGUCAUACAGUGUAAGAUGUAAAAUAAUUUUUUAUGGAAACAUAAGUGCAGUCGAAAAACUCCACAGCCAUAAUAGUUGGUUUUCCUGUGUUUAGGCAGCUGGUUGAACUGUCAGUGCUUAAGGAACGACUGUGCUUUUACUGAGCAUACAGUAGUAAGCACAAUAAAAUUACAUUGUAACUGGUGCCUGGAUAUCAUUAUUGGUUCUUCAUAUUUUGUAGCAUUUGGUAUUAAAUUCAGAAUUGCAUAGCUAACUUGAAGAGUUAGAGUCAUUAAUUGGUAUUACAUAUUGUCAGACAGCCAAAACAAUGCAGUUACUGUCCAGGGUGGUGGGGUAGGAAAGUAGAAAGUGCAAGGUAGGUUCAACUGGCUAUGCAAUGGCAGUAAAGAAGGUCUUUUUAAAGCUGCCUCAAGUUGGUCACCUUUUGUAUUUGAACCUUAAUAGGCAAAAAAAUUUGCAGUUCAAUAUUGUUAAUUCUGUGGAUUUCAGUUUUCCCCAUUUUUGGCUGUUAUUUAACUUAAAACUAUCUGACUGUUUUUUUUCUGAUCCUUUGGCAAAUUGACAUUUUCCACUAUAGCAAGCAUUACCUAAUCAAAUCUGUCUGCACAAAUGUAUGCACCUCAAUGGUCAUUAGUAGUGUGUAGCCAGCACAGUAUUUCACAUCUUUUACUUGCCUAGAUCCACUGCCUCUCACUGUUUAUGCUGAGAUCCAAAUGGAUUUUUAGGAUUCUAUUAUGACUUGUAAUUCCACACAAAUUUGAUGCGGUUUGACAAGAGUUUCCUCAAAUGUUUAGGGGAAAAAAGUAUAUAAAGGAGGGAGGAUAGGAAAGCCAUUUGUGACAAGUUGAUGUCACUCUGGUUCUUAGAAAAUGGCAAAUCAAUCUCCAUAAGUAUGUAUGUGUCAUUAUGAUCUAACUGUAAACAUUUAAAUAGCAGUUGAAAUAAGUGUUAAAUUCAGGAUGUUUUAUUUUUUAAAAAUUCCCUGCUUGAUUUCAAAUAGAUCAGAAGACUUUUGUAUUCUAUAAAUCUAGGUGAGGAAUAUUUUUUAAGACUAGACCAGAGCAUCUGCACGAUAAUUUGUCAUAAUUAUGAGUAUUUGUAACCAUUGGCACUUCCUGGCCAUUAGCCUAUUGUGUUGUAGUUACUCAUUUUAAAUAGAUUCAAAACUGAUCAUUAGUGGGUAGUUUAAUGUUACAUAGACCUUCUGCCAAACAUCUUUUUUAAAAAAGACUGUAGAAAAUUAUGCGUUUUGCAAUGGAGGUGGUCUAGAAAUAAUUUGGUUAAGCUUUUUAAAUGUGGUUCAUGAAUGUGGUUUUAUACGUACGGACAGUUCAAGUGGUAAUUUUUUUUUAGAUAAAAUUUCAAAUUCCUGACUUGUCUGAAUUUGAAGUGAGAUGUCCCUACUGGCCUAGGAAUUGGAAAUAAAAUCGAGAUUUAUAAUUGAAGGAAAAUUGUUUAAGGAUGCUGUCAAGUUCAAUUUUGCAGGAAUUUGAAAUUGACAUUUCAAUAUUCAGUUGCUUUUAAUAGCUGUAUUACCAAAAGGUCAAAGAGGCUGGCAAGUAUAAUACUAAAAGAUUGUCAAUGUUAUCUAGCAGAAUGUACUUAAGAUAAAAUUGGCUUUAAUAAAGAUUGUGAAGGUGGACUAUAGUAAAAAUUAGAUUGUCUACUCCUUAGACUUGGGAGACCAAAUAUGGCAUAUGCCCAAGGAAACUGUAAACAGCAAGAUAUUAAAACCUUAAACUGAGGAUGCUUUAAACCUGAAAACAUUGUUAGAAAUGCUUAGACCAUGCACCUGUCAAGAGAAAGUUAACAUUUUAGGUUGAAGUUUCCAGCUGGGGUUUUGUUUGAAAUAACAUACCCUCUUUCAAAUCUUUUUAAAAACGCAAACAACAGAAAUUCUGCAGAUGCUGGAAAUUCAAGCAACACACAUCAAAGUUGCUGGUGAACGCAGCAGGCCAGGCAGCAUCUCUAGGAAGAGGUACAGUCGACGUUUCAG